AGCAGCUGCCGGGCCAGCAGCCUCUACCGCAGCAGGGGUGGGGCACGGGGGGAGGGGGAGAGAGAGAGGAGGAGCCAGAGGAGGUGUCUGCUGCAAGUUCCUGGCUGCUUCCGAGCUCACCCCAUCCUCCGAGAGGGAGGAGGCCCAACUGGUGAUGCUGCUGCUGCUGCUGCCGCCGCCGCCGCCGCCUCUAUUGCUGAUACUCUAGUGGGGCUGGAAGGGUGGUUCCUAUUCGCACCAUCGCCAACCAGAGACAGAGGGAAAAAAAAAACCGGCAGCCACUGCUGAUGUUGGGUUCGGAGGCUGCAUCGGACUCGGUCACAAGGAAAAUGGAUUCAGUUUGCAUCUCUCCCUCCUUUAAACAGCUUCUCCGGGUCUCAGCAUGGGCUUCCAGGGCAGCGAUUGAGGAGACCUUACCAAGAAGCACCACACAGUAGAUGCUGAGACAUCGUACUCCAGGAUAAGAAACAGUAACAUGGCAGCACCUGCUUGAAAGAAAUUAAAAACCAACAGACUCCAUUUAGAAAGGAACAAUGUCCAAGAAAGGGCGAAAUAAGGGCGAGAAGCCCGAGGCACUCAUUGUUGCCCUUCAAGCUGCCAAUGAAGACCUCAGGACCAAGCUCACAGACAUUCAGAUAGAGCUGCAUCAAGAGAAGUCCAAGGUAUCAAAGCUUGAAAGAGAGAAGACUCAAGAAGCAAAGAGGAUUCGUGAGCUGGAGCAGCGCAAGCACACGGUGCUGGUGACAGAACUCAAAGCCAAGCUCCAUGAGGAGAAGAUGAAGGAGCUGCAGGCUGUGAGGGAGAACCUUAUCAAGCAGCACGAGCAGGAAAUGUCAAGGACGGUGAAGGUACGUGACGGAGAGAUCCAGAGGCUCAAGUCUGCUCUCUGUGCUCUCCGCGAUGGCAGCAGUGACAAAGUAAGGACAGCGCUCACCAUUGAGGCCCGGGAGGAGGCCCGGAAACUGUUUGACACAGAGCGCCUUAAGCUCUUACAGGAAAUUGCAGACCUGAAAACGGCCAAGAAGCAGGUGGACGAGGCUCUGACCAAUAUGAUCCAAGCAGAUAAAAUCAAGGCUGGGGACCUUCGGAGUGAGCAUCAGUCCCACCAAGAAGCCAUCUCGAAGAUCAAGUGGGAGUCGGAGCGGGAUAUUCGGAGGCUGAUGGAUGAAAUCAAAGCCAAGGACAGGAUCAUCUUUUCCCUGGAAAAGGAACUGGAGACCCAGACAGGCUAUGUACAGAAACUCCAACUUCAGAAGGAGGCUUUGGACGAACAACUCUUUCUGGUCAAGGAGGCUGAGUGCAACAUGAGCAGCCCAAAACGAGAAAUUCCAGGAAGGGCAGGUGAUGGUUCCGAACACUGCAGUAGUCCUGAUUUGCGAAGAAAUCAAAAGAGAAUAGCUGAAUUGAAUGCCACUAUAAGAAAAUUAGAAGACAGGAAUACCUUGCUUGGAGAUGAACGAAAUGAACUGUUAAAACGUGUGCGGGAAACCGAAAAGCAAUGUAAACCUCUCCUGGAAAGGAACAAGUGCCUCGCCAAGAGAAACGAUGAACUGAUGGUGUCCUUGCAGCGCAUGGAAGAAAAACUAAAAGCCAUUACCAAGGAAAAUUCAGAAAUGAGAGAAAAAAUAACAUCCCAUCCACCCCUGAAGAAAUUAAAAUCUCUGAACGACCUCGACCAAGCUAAUGAAGAACAAGAAACAGAGUUUCUAAAACUUCAGGUCAUUGAGCAACAGAACAUUAUUGAUGAGCUCACAAGGGACCGAGAAAAGCUCAUCCGUAGAAGAAAGCAUAGAAGAAGUUCCAAGCCAAUUAAGAGGCCUGUUUUGGACCCGUUUAUUGGCUAUGAUGAGGACUCUAUGGAUUCAGAGACAUCAUCCAUGGCCUCAUUUAGAACAGACAGAACACCAGCUACUCCUGAUGAUGACUUGGAUGAAAGUUUAGCAGCUGAAGAAUCUGAACUAAGAUUUCGACAAUUAACAAAAGAAUAUCAGGCCCUCCAAAGAGCAUAUGCCCUCCUACAGGAGCAGACGGGAGGCAUCAUCGACGCUGAACGAGAAGCCAAGGCUCAAGAACAGCUCCAAGCAGAGGUGCUAAGGUAUAAAGCCAAAAUUGAAGACCUGGAAGCGACUCUGGCUCAGAAAGGGCAGGAUUCACACUGGGUAGAAGAUAAACAACUUUUCAUUAAGAGAAACCAGGAGCUUUUAGAAAAGAUAGAAAAACAGGAGGCAGAAAAUCACCGGUUACAACAGGAACUACAGGACGCCAGAGACCAGAAUGAGCUGCUGGAGUUUCGAAACCUAGAGCUAGAAGAGAGAGAGAGACGAUCCCCUCCAUUUAAUCUCCAAAUUCACCCAUUCUCAGAUGGUGUGAGUGCUCUACAGAUCUACUGUAUGAAAGAAGGUGUUAAGGAUGUGAACAUCCCUGAUCUCAUAAAGCAGCUUGAUAUCUUGGGUGAUAAUGGGAAUUUAAGAAAUGAAGAACAAGUGGCCAUAAUUCAGGCCAGCACUGUGCUGUCCCUGGCAGAGAAGUGGAUCCAGCAGAUUGAAGGAGCAGAGGCUGCCCUACACCAGAAAAUGAUGGAAUUGGAAAGUGACAUGGAACAGUUCUGCAAAAUAAAAGGCUAUCUGGAGGAAGAACUAGACUACAGAAAACAAGCUCUUGACCAAGCAUAUAUGAGAAUCCAGGAACUAGAAGCUACUUUGUACAAUGCUCUACAGCAAGAAACUGUUAUCAAGUUUGGUGAAUUAUUAAGUGAAAAACAGCAAGAGGAGCUGAGGACGGCAGUAGAAAAGUUACGGCGGCAAAUGCUGAGGAAGAGCAGAGAGUAUGACUGUCAGAUUCUUCAGGAGAGAAUGGAGCUCUUACAGCAAGCCCAUCAGAGAAUUCGUGACUUAGAAGAUAAAACAGACAUCCAGAAAAGACAAAUAAAGGACUUAGAAGAAAAGAGUAACCGAAAACAUGGAUAAGAUCCCAGAAAGACAAAUGCUUCUAAACCUUCAAAGAUGGCAAAAUUGUUUACACCAGUGAGAGGGAGAUCAAAAGCUAAGAACUACCCUGUAGCCAGGACUACAACUGUGUAUUUUAAAGCCAUUAUUCAAGGUUUCUUACUUGACAGUUCCUACACAACCCUGUUGAAAAUCUACAAUAUAUGCUGCAUUUAAUGAAACAUGUAUAUGUCAAAUCAGAAGAGAAGAACUAUAAACAUAUAUUGUGUAAAGAAAAAGUUCAGCAAUGGAACUAGUUUCUGCAGAUCAAGCAAAGAUGUGUCUUGGGCAUGGAACCAAAGUUACAAUGAAACAUUCAACCCCUGCUGUGCAGGGGGGUCAUUUUAAUGUAACACCACACCCCAUGGAAACACUAGUCCUGAUAAUAAACAUCAUUUUAAAAGAUCAAAACAAAACAACAAAAAAAAACAAGGGUGGGUGGGGAGUGAAGCACGAGGAAUACCUAUGAAGAGCUAUUUACAAUAAAAUGUUUCAUUUGAAAAGUCUGGUUUCUUACUACAGGGAUUUGCUUUUCUGUCUUUAUGAUUGUUUUAAACUCAGGAACAGAGACAUCCGCAUCGUGAAUGGGAAGAAAAACACUCUCUUUUGUUUUUCUGCAAAAGGUGGAGCUUGUGGAAUUCAUUCCACAGACGACAAAUGAGAAGUGGAUCACAGUGACCAUAACAAAACUGGUAACCAAGUCAAAGGACCCGGGCGAAUGUGACAUGUGAAAUAAAAGCAGAUUUGAUGCUUCCUUGUCCUACUCUCACAUCUGCAUUCCUCCGUCAACAAUGGACUGAUCUCAUUCAUAUUGAAAACUAAGAAGAUGAUACUGUAAAUCACAUGCUCCCUGACUUAGUUCUGUUUAGAACGCCAGCACCUAUAGGGAACAUGGGCCAGAGAGCAUCUCUGAAUCUUUCAUUUCCAAAAUACUGGUUUUCAAACGGCUGCUUAAAAUUGCCUGCAAAUGAAUAUGCUAUAUGAUUUGGGCAAAAACACAACAGAAUCAAUGAGUACAUUUCUACCAAGAGUUGGGUUUGCCACAGAGAUGUGAAUAUUAAACUAAACUAUUAUUUUUUAAAGAAUCCUCAUAUGCCUAGAGCAUUCUGACCUCUUCUUGUUUAGAGUGAUAACAUUUUUUCCCAGACAGAUGACAGCAACAAGAUAGCUCUACUUUUUUAUAUAGAAAUAACAUUAUGUUACUGACAAGGUCAUUUUCUACCAGAGACAAUUAGAGGACUGGUACUUUUCCUAAGUUGUGUAUUACUGAGUCUUGGAGUCAUCUCUGAGAGCAAAUAUAUGUUCCUGAAAAGCUAAUUUUACACCUCAUUUACUGUAGAUAACAGAACAACCUCAAUUUUUCAAAUUUUUGAAGUUUUAUUUAUGGGGCUGGAAUUCCCAUGCAUAGAGAAUACGUGUAGGGAGCCAGAAACUCUUUCUAUGAAAUGCUAUACAAAUCUUUCCAUAUGUGGGUUCACCAUCAUCCUUCAGUUUUAGCACUGGCAUUUGCAAAGCCAGAACAAUAACUGAAGAAUGUACAAUAAAAACUAGAAUGCUGGGGUCCCACUUUUUGUUCUUACAUUUACUGCUGACCCAGGUAUCUUUGGCCCAGUCACUUAACCUCUCUGUGCCUCAGUUUCCUCAUCUGCAAAAUGGGGUUAAAAUGCUUUUUCAUAAAGUUUUAUUUGCAAUUUUAGAACAAGAGGUGCUUAAAGUAGCACAAUGUGCUUUGUAAUUAUUACAAGUGCUGUAUUAUUUGACUUUCUUGUGUUGUUGACAAAAAGAUUCCCUCAUGUAAUAAAAUAGUGCUUCAGUUUGGUUAAAUUUAAGCACUAUAGCACUGAAGCUUGCUUAUCAAGCUACUUGGGACAUUAUUAGCAAUAAAAAUUGAGAGAUUCAAAACCAGGAUCUUUAAUAAUCUAUAGCAAAUAGAUCAUCUCAUGCUAUUGAACAAGAUAGAAGAGUGUGUCAUUUCUAUGAUAAGCAUCUCCCGGCUCUCUUGAUUGUAUAUGCAUGCCAUCAUACAGAACCCCACUUUUACCACGGGAGAGCCAAUCAUUAAACAAAGGCUUGGAGCAAACUGACAGUAUCACAUAAUUAGCUUGAUUGUCUUUUAUUCUGGAGGAAAGUCAGGUGAUAUGUCCUACUGGGAAGAUACAAAACAGACUAUCCUGCUGUAUUCUUUUUUUUUUUUUUUUUUUUUUUUUUUGUGGUGGCGUCUUGCUCUGUCGCCCUUGCUGGAGUGCAUUGGCACAAUCUUGGCUCACAGCAAGCUCUGCCUCCCGGAUUCAAGUGAUUCUCCUGCUUCAACCUCCCUAGUAGCUGGGAUUACAGCCACCACACCUGGCUAAUUUUUGUAUUUUUAGUAGAGACACGGUUUCACUAUGCUGGUCAGGCUGGUCUCGAACUCCUGACCUCAAGUGAUCUGCCUGCCUCAGCCUCCCAAAGUGCUAGGAUUACAGGCGCAAGCCGCUGUGCCCGGCCUCCUUCUGGAUUCUUUAUUCAACUAGGUAGGUUCCAGAUUAAAUAUGAGCCAUAUGCUCAUUAGGCAAGAAAUGUGAAAGAGGGUGCCUCUACAGUGUUGGUGACCCAACACUAGCCAACUUGAGUCAGAAAAUAUGGAAGAGGAUAAAUUACUCUCACAUAUCUAAGACUUUUCCAUUUUUCUUCACUUUCUGUUGCAGGGCCCAUAUGAGUAAAUCCAUAUUCCAUCUGCUCCAACACACACCUUCCUUCUCUUAAUUUUGCUUUCCCACCCACCAAGAAAUUUGUAAGUCAAAAUUUAUUUCCAUGAACAAGCUAUUUCUAAAUGAUUGGAAAUUUUUGCAAAAGUGGUAUGGUUUAUAUACCUAAUCUGCUUAUCUGCUAUAAGUCAUAUGAGAACAACAGCUAGGAUGAUUGUCCAAGCAGCUUUAGAUGUGUUUAGGGCCAGGCAAAAGGUUUGCUUGUUUUUUCUUUUUGCUUAAGAUCCGGGAGAUUAGCAAAUUUCUCAAGACUACAGACUGAACUGUAAUUUUUACCAAGUCAUGCUCAUGAGCCUCAAAAUUAAUAUAUCCUUGAAUAAAGUAUAAAUAUUUCAAUAGAUACAUCUCUCUAUUAUCCAUUUUCACAAUUAUAAAAGCAUCAGCAAAAUUGUGGAUAUAUUUUCCAGUCACUCAUGGAUCUAUGGAAAUGGACCAUGUUUAAAUGAAUGCUUCCCUUGGAUAGGAUGUUCAGCAAUAGCAAAAAAAAAAAAAAAAAGUUACCAAUAACAGUGAGAUUUCCUGUGGCUCCACUUCUGCAUCUGUACUACCUAGAUGCAUUUGGCUAAUGAGUUUGUAGCAGUCCGAACAGCAUUCUUCAGGGUUCAUUAACUUAAUUUUUCUUAAUAAAAUAUUCAUACCCUGGAAAAUAAACAUAACUGACUACUAAAGAUAAUUUGAGAUAAAUAAAAGCCCCAAUUUAAAUAGUUAUUCAGGAUAGAAAAAUUUCAUGAAAGAGGUGAAAAACAGAGAGAGACUAUCUUUGACUAUUAUAAUUAAAAAGCAUCUAUUACUAAAUUGAAUGUCAAACUUUUCUUUAAUGCCACCCUACUUUUAGGAAAUAGAAUUUGCUGAAAAAAAUUACAACCCUUCUUACUUAUGCUAUAUAAAUUAAAUUAUUACCAACAGUUAGGUUUUAGCAGUAGAAGAAUAGAUCUUGCUUUAAUUUUUUUUCUUUUUGGCCCACAAAUAACUGCUCAUGCAAGUUGUAUGUGUCUUCCCAGGUCAAUAAGGUAGAGCUGAUAUAGAAGGCCUGGGUUAUCACUUAGGUAGAGAGUAAACGUGUUCUCCACUAGUAAUAGGAGAAAUAAAGUUUGCCAAAUAAUUUUUGCUACAGUAUUUUGUUUCAACUUUGCUUUCAAUUUUAAAUAAAUCUCUGGCAAACUUAUUCCUUUUUGCCCAUUGACUGUCAAAUUUUCCUGUAAACCCAUUGUGUAAUUCUUAUGUUUGCUUUAACAUAAUUCACAAGUUCAUUGUUUCAAAAUGAAGCACGUCUUUUUAACCUGCCUAGGUUUUUGUAGAAACUGUAAAAAGAAUAUUCAUUGGUUUUGUGUUGAUCUUUAAAUAAUUGGAUCAUCUGUGUUGUAUUACAUCAAGAUAGAUGGACAGCAUAGACAUUUUAUUUUUAAAAUAUUUAAUUGCAUUAUUUCAAUCUGUCAAAGAGUGGCACAGAUACACACACACACACACACAGCAAUAGAAAUUUGCUCUGUAAUUUGGGAGUUGCAUUGCUUGUAGCCUUUUGUGAAAUUUUCAUAACAGUGUUUUGGUAAUUAAUGACAGCUUUUAGCAGUUUAAUUCUAUCAUUUUACUAAUUUAGAUUUAUCUAUUAUAUUGAAAAAGUUCAAUAUAACUUUUGAGUGAUAAACAUUCAAAGCAAAUCUUAGAUGACUGUUUAUGCCAUGAGUUUAUGCUUCCAAUAUGGACCCAAGCCCCUCUUUAAGCAGACUUCUAGGUCUUAAGUGAGGAAAGAUGUCAUUGUGUUCUACUGCCUUGUCAUUUCUAUAUAAUGUACUAUCUUGAGAGUUAAUUUCAGGCAUAUUGGCAAGAAGAUACAGACAUAAUGGAAGGUUGGAGCUAAUCCCUGUAAGGCCUCUUCAAGUGCCAAAUUCUAUGAUUCCAUUUCAGAACGGGGCAGGGCAGAUUCACAAUCCUUUGCUGUCUUUAGUUUGGUGGUUUAGUUCUUCCUAAAUAAAUCUCUUGCUGAGAAUCCAAGUCCAAUGUUUAAUCAAAAUUUCUAAGAAUAUCUACUCAGAAGGCUAAGGUGGCAAGAGAGCUUGGGCCCAGGAGUUUCAUAACAGCCUGGGCAACAUGGUGAGAACUCAUCUCAAAAAAAAAAAAAAAAGAGAGAGGAAAAAAACUACUAAAGAUAUACUUAUAGGUGCAAUGUAGCAAAAAUAGGAUUAUAAUUUGCUAUAUUCAAACUAAUGUGUCAGAGGUACACGUGGUUGAUUUGGUGAGGGUUCCUGUUUUUGUUUUUUUCUGCAUUAUGGUCUUUGUACCCAUGCUUAUAUUUUCAUCCUUGUUAUAUGCAAAGUUCUGUAGGGUGAGAAUGGUAAAGUUAAACAACUUUGAGCCCAAUUUUGCCUACAAUCAAGAUCCCAUGAACUUACUAAAGAAUGAAUGAUGCAAUUUGCCAACUAAAAGCAGAUCCCCAGCAUCUGUUAGUAACAACACUUCUAUUUGACUGACAUCUCACAGACUGUGCCUAUACCAGCCAUUAACCAUAGCAACUUCCCACAAUGAGGCAGAUCAAAAUCCAAACAUUUUUAUAAAUCUGUGAUGUAAAUAUAUGCGCAGAUAUAUUCUGUACAUAGUAUGAUGGUGUGAGUGCUUACUAAACGUGUACUUCUGUUCUAGGAUGCAGGACUUCAAGAAAGGUUUUUUCUGCUGCUGCUGCUGCUGCUGCUGCUGCUGCUGCUGGGAAUUCAUGUUUUUGUUGAGCAUUUAGUGUUUGAACUCUUCCCGUCCUUGACUACCUCUUCUCUCCCUUACCCCACCUUCUGUUCACUACUGUUAUUUCCGAUUGUUGACUGAGGCAGAGACUACUCGGUUUUUCAAUUAUCCAGGCCCAUAAACCAGCAAAUAGGUUUUUUUUAUUUGUUUGGUUAGUUGGUUGAUGUUUUUUUUUGAAAGAGCAACAGAAAGUUCAGCACAAUCUACAGUAUUAAAAUUAGCCAAAAGUCCCAUAUCUUUAUUAGCUAAAAAUUCCAUCUCAACAGGGUUCAUGCAUGUUUUAGCCUUCAAGAUCCAAUACUUUGGGGACUCAAGUAUAGAGCUAAUGUGUUUGAAUACAUUAUUCCCCAGGUGUUUACUGUGUUAAUGUAGCCAAGGGUCCAAUUUCACAGAGCUUUCAUUCAAUCAACUGCCUCAAUUGGGGUUAUUCCUUUCCAUCUCAUUAGCAUGACUCCAUAUAUCACUUCAGUGCUUGUUUAUUAAUGAAAGAAAAAUAAAAAUUGACUGAGUUUCACCAGAAUGAUCAUCUGAAGUACACCGAAUAUGUACAUGUACUGUAUGUAUUACCAUAGAGAUUGGAAUCAACUUACUGUAUGUAAAGUUUUAUGAAUGGUUAUUUUAUAAUUUAUGUAUUUAAUAUAGGAAUCAAUGAACUCUGGUGUUUUAGUUUAUAUAAAAUAAAACAAGCUGCAUUUUUU